UUUUCUCUCUCCCUCUCUCUUCCACCGAGUGUCAAGUGUGUGGUACUGCUUCGCUUUAACUACAAACAGUGCAACCUGAUGCAGCUAUAGAGAACAGACUCAAGGAUUACGUGGGAGACACACGCGCGUUCCGAUAUCGGUAAAAUUCUGUGUAUCUAAACCAAGGGUGAGUCCCCUUGGCCGAGGAGAGAGAGAGAGAGUUGUCAAUCACACAGAGGUUAGGUUAGAUUUGGUGCUCACAGAUUAUCAAUAUUAGAGAAUAUUUUUCUGCUAAAUCGAAAGAUACCACCUAGUUUUUAUUCGUUUGCUUAAAUAAGAAAAAUCUCAGGUGUUCGAUGUAAUUCUCAAUAGCAACUGCUAGAAAUGUUAUCAACGAUUGUGAAAGAACAUCAGAGCAAGCAAGCACUAAGGAAAGAGAGACAAGAACAAAAGCGAAAAGAAGCUGUCCAGGCUGCGAGCAACUUGACUCAAGCUCUUGUCGAUCAUUUGAAUGUUGGGGUGGCUCAAGCAUAUUUAAAUCAGAAAAAACUAGAUGCAGAAGCUAAGCAACUACAGCACAGUGCGACCAAUUUUGCCAAACAAACACAGCUAUGGUUGAAUUUAGUAGAAUCCUUUUCGAGCUCUUUGAAAGAAAUUGGGGAUGCAGAGAAUUGGGCACGCAGUAUAGAAGGAGAUAUGAGGACAAUAGCUACUGCCUUGGAAUAUUCAUAUAAAGCUACGCAAGAAAAUCAAAGUGUUGGCAAUGUUUAAAAAAGCAACGCCGUAUGAAAUAUAGUUAUGUAAGAAUUUUGUAAUAAUUUUGUGGUAUGAAGGAGUUUGUGUUAACAUAUGAAGUCACUGUAAUUUAAGUUAUAUUUAAAGGAGAAAAUAUUUGUACAUAAUUUUUCAUAGGAUUAAUGCCAUAUUCUAAUUAAAAUAACCACUAUAUUGUAAUAUUGUUAAAUACAUUUAUCUUUUAUUUC